AUGGCUCCUCCCCUUCCCACCCUCCCACCCACCCUUGCACCACCGCCGCCGGCCGCUCCUCCGGCCGGCCAAGCCCCCAUUCAAUCUUGCCCUCGCUACGUCCAGCGCGCCCAGGCUUCCCUCCGCCUCUUCUUGGGCAUCGACGACGAAGACUCUCGCCUUGCCACUGACCUCCUUCGCUCCUCAAACUCGACUAGCUUUGCUCCCACUCCCGGGGCGGACCAACACCUAGUCUGCCUCAGCAUCUCCUCCUCAAAACUCCGGUUCGAUGAGCUGCUGGCCAGUGCCCUCCUGCAAGCCUUCCUUGCUGGGGCGGCUAGUCAGUUCAACGUGCGACAUCUCUACGACCAAACCUUCGUCUUCUCCGUUGCGCACCACCGCCAUGUCAACCUGCUCUUGAAGCUCCGCCCCUUCCACCGCAGGCUCUUCUCGAUCUCCUUCUGUAAGUUUUUGCCGGCUCCGCAACGCCCGACGUCGACGCCAACUUUGCUUGCCUGCAAGUCUCUGUCUGACCUACUGCUGCUCCACUAUGCCGCUGCUACCAAGUUUGAAAACGCUGCAUGGGCCAGGCUUAAAUCCUUCGUUACGGUGCCUUCCGCGCCGGCGCCGCCGGCCUGCCGCAUGCUCGUAUCUUUCUUCCAAUUCCCUUUCCCGGUGACACCAAGUCUCUGCGAGCUCAUUCUGGGCUGUCUGUUCGGCAGUGAUCCCUCGCACUUCCAUGCGGCCGUGGAGACGGAGGACGAAUUCUCCUUCUCCGUCGCCAACCGCGGCGUCGCCGACUUGGUCGUUUCCUUCGGUGACCUGAGAAGGCCAGGGAUCGACCUACGCUUCUUCAUCCCGACUGGGCAGAGCGCCGCACCUCGGACGACGGCGACGGCUGCUAGUCCUGCCGACUGCGCGCUCCUGCAUCCUAGGGCCCCGAGUCGCUCGCCUCGUUCGUCAGUUAAGGUUAGUCCAUUACGACAUGGGUUUAAGUUUUGA